UGUUCAGAGUGAAAGGAGAGGAAAGAACCAGACCGACUGAGACGCUUCAGCAGCAGCAGCAGCAGCAGAAUGUCUCUGUACCGAAACUCCGCCUGGUUCCUCAAAGGACUCACUGAGUUCACCAAGAAUGGGCACCUCUCAGCAUCCAAGCACUUUGUGGAGAAGGACCUGGAGGUGUCUGUGGCUGGACGCUCCUUCAUGAUCACUGGAGCUAACAGCGGCAUCGGGAAAGCCACCGCCAUGGCCGUCGCCAAAAGAGGAGGGACAGUCCACAUGGUGUGCAGGAACAAGGACAAAGCUGAGGAGGCCCGAGCCGAUAUCGUCAAGGAGACGGGAAACAAGGAGGUCUAUGUCCACAUCCUGGACCUGUCUGAGACCAGGAAGGUGUGGGAGUUUGCAGAGGGCUUCAAGAAGAAGUUCAAGGCCCUCAAUGUUCUGAUCAACAAUGCAGGUUCCAUCAUGAGUCAGAGGGACGUGAACGCCGAGGGACUGGAGAAGAGCUUCGCCGUCAACGUGCUUGGGGUCUACAUUUUGACCAAGAGUCUGAUUCCCUUACUGGAGAAGAGCACAGACCCCCGAGUGAUCACAGUGUCUUCAGGAGGAAUGUUGGUCCAGAAGCUGAGGAUAGGAAACCUGCAGUCUGAGAGAGGCCGCUACGAUGGAACCAUGGUCUAUGCUCAGCACAAGAGGCAGCAGGUGGUGAUGACGGAGCAGCUGGCAAAGACUCACACUAACAUCCACUUCUCUGUCAUGCAUCCUGGCUGGGUGGAUACUCCAGCGGUGGCCAACGCCAUGCCGGACUUCCAUCGCUCCAUGAAGGACAGUCUACGGAGCCCAGAGCAGGGGGCCGACACAGUGGUGUGGCUGGCCGUCUCUGAAGCUGCUACCAUGAACCCCAGCGGGCGCUUCUACCAGGACCGUAAGGUGGUGUCCACCCACCUGCCGCUGGCCUGGACCCACAGCUCCCCCCUGGAGGAGCAGAAGCUCAUGUCACUGCUGGAGGACCUGGCCAAGACGUUUGCUCCCCACUGAGACACCCCCCCCCCCACUAACAGCCUCUGCUGAUCAGGGAGAUCUACUCCACCCGCUCUACCCGCUCCACCCUCUGGGGGAGCAACAGAGCAGGUCCUGCAGAAGCAGCAGACUGGACGCUUUCUAACCGGCUUUUCUUGCUGUGCAUCAGUGUUUGACAGCGAUGCUUUCUGAAGCCAAACACCAGGAUGGGACGUAGAAACGGCGCAUCAGAUGGAAUCUGAUCCGGCUGCAGUCCCGGCGUGUUUCAGGCAGGCUGCUGUUUCUCUGACAUCUGUGUGUCAAACCUCUAACCCUCGUCAGUAACCCGUCUGCAUGGAGCUACAGCAGUGCAAGACCAACGCCGCGCGGCGGCAUCACUCCACAUAUGCAGCUAUGAAGUCACAGAUCUGGGAGUCCAUAUUUGCUCAGACAGCUUUUUUCCUUCCACCUAACUUUUCCUUCCCUGAUUCUGUAAAAACCUGCAUCAAUAAAAACGUUUAAAAUGU